UGCCGCUGCGUGCUGGGACGGGACGAGCGGUACCGUGCGGGGGGUGCCAGCCGCAGCCCGGCGGGUUGCGGGGGCGGCUCGGGGCCGCCAGGCUGCGCUCUCGGGCCGGCCGCCGCGCCUGCCGCCCUCCCCGGGCUACCGGGGCUUGGGGCACGGCGGAGCCUCGCCGCGAGCGGGCGGUCCCGGGACGGCGGCGGCGGCACCACCACCACCGGCGGCACCACCACCACCGGCGGCACCUGCGGCUGCGGGGAAAGGCAGGGCUCGGCGGCCCGAUCUGCGCCCCUCGCCCGGCCCGGCAUGACGCGGCGGCGCCCCGGAGGCGGCGGGAGGUGGGUGCCGGUAGCCCUGGCCGCGCUCCUGGCCCUGCGAGGUCUGGUGUGUCCUCUGGAGGUGUCAGUCAGUUCAGGGAGUAUCCAGGUUGCCCGAGGCCAGACAGCAGUAUUGCCCUGCACCUUCACCACUAAUGCUGCUCUCACUAACCUUAAUGUCAUCUGGAUGGUCAUUCCUCUUUCUAAUGCCAAUCAGCCUCAACAGGUUAUUCUCUACCAAGGGGGUCAGAUCUUUGGUGGUGCACCCCAGUUCUAUGGGCGAGUGGGGUUUGCUGUGACAAUGCCAACCACCAGUGCCUCCAUCUUCAUCAACAACACUCAGCUAUCGGAUACUGGCACAUACCAGUGUUUGGUCAACAAUCUUCCCGACCGAGGCGUCAGGAAUAUCGGAGUCAUUGGACUUACUGUCUUGGUUCCUCCUUCUGCCCCGCUUUGCAGAAUCCAGGGGUCCCUGGACGUGGGCAGCGAUAUCACACUGACCUGCAGUUCGGAAGAAGGCAUCCCCCGGCCAACAUACCUCUGGGAGAAACUGGACAAUGUUCCCAAGUUGCCCCCAACUGCCACACAAGACCAAGUCCAGGGCACUGUCACUCUCCGAAAUAUCAGCACUGUGUCCUCAGGUCUUUACCAAUGUGUGGCUUCAAAUGCCAUUGGAACCAGCACUUGCCUUCUGGACCUGCAAGUCAUUGCACCCCACCCCCGGAGCAUCGGCCUGAUUGCAGGAGCAGUGGCCACAGGCGCCGUCGUGCUGGUUGUUUGCAUUGUGUUGGUGGCCGUGGCGCUGUUUUACUGGAAAAAUAAACACAAAGAAGAAGAAGAGGAGGAGAUUCCCAAUGAGAUAAGGGAGGACGACCUGCCACCCAAAUGCUCCUCUGCCGCAAAGACAUUCCACGCUGAUGCGUCCUCGUCGGAGAACGACACCCUCACCUCCUCCAACACCUACAACAGCCGCUACUGGAAUGACCCCAAAGCCAAUCACGCCACAGACUCCUUCACCCGCUUCAGCAACAGCAAUGACGCCCACCAGCCCCCCUUCUCCCGCUCGGGGAGCACGAGCACCCGCCCCGUCUAUGCCAACGGUGGCCACCCGUCCCCAGCUCCCCCUAAGACACUGGUGGUGACGGCCAGCACAGCGCCGUCCCCUCAGGAGGUGAUCCGGAGCAAUGGCUCGGUCAGCAGGAAGCCGCGGCCGCCGCACACCCGCUCCUACGCCGUCAGCCAGGCCACGCUGGAGCGGAUCGGGGCUGUCCCCGUCAUGGUGCCCGCCCAGAGCCGGGCUGGCUCCCUUGUGUAGGGCCGUGCUGGCAGCUGAGAGCCGAGCAAGGGGCCUCUCGUACCUGGUGGGGCAAAGAGACCCUACUCCUUCCUGAAAGGCGGCGAGGCGGCGGG